CUUUUUUUGCACUUUUCUAUUUCCUUUUCAUUCCAUAUUUGAACUUUCAAAAUAAAGCAAUACGUUUUUCUUUUUAGCUUUCACUCAUUAUUUUUUGGGCGUGUAGACCGCGUCCACGUUUUGGCUUAUAAGAUUUUGGUCUGUGCUUUUUUUUUGGCAGGCAGAUGAGGGUCGAAAUACAAACAAGCAUGAGGCAGCAUUUCCAUUUUAUUAUUAUUUUUGCUUCUCCGCACAUACAAGCACACUUCUUUCUUUUAUAAACACUUUUUUUGUUUUAUCUCUAUUAUUCGGCGAAAAGCUGUAAACUUCCUUUUUUACACACGACCACCCACAUUCAUCGUAUUUUUUUUGCGCAAUCGUCAACUGAUUCAUUUUAACUCAUCUGCAGAUGACCGUGUCCAAUGACCUACAGAGUCUGCUGAAGCGGGUCGAGAAGGCGACCAUGCGGCUGGAGGAGAUGGCAGCCAAGCACGCCGAGCAAAAAGCCAGCGCAGCCAACACCACCGGCAGCAGCAGCAAUAUCACCGAUAGCAAUGCCAGUCUGUCGAGCGAUGCUGGUGCAGACAGCAAGGCAGUUGUUGAGUACGAAGCGGCACUGCAGCCGUACGUCGAAAAAUUCAUCGAGCUCUCUCAACAAAUUGGCGGCCUCGUUGGUGAGCAGGCGGAGAGCGUCUCUGCGUUGUUUGACGCACAGCGUAAUUUCAUUCGUAUCGCCGGGCUGACGAAGAAGCCGACAAUGGACCAGAUUCCGGCUCUUUUGGAGCCCCAGCAGCAGGCCAUCCAGAAGGCCAUUGAUAUCAAGGACAAGAACAGGCCAUCCGACAUGUUUGACAACUUGUCGACGGUUGCCGAGGGUAUUGCUGCCUUUGGGUGGGUGGCAGUCGAGCCCACACCGGUGCCGUAUAUUAACGAAAUGAAGGACUCGGCGCAGUUUUAUUCGAACCGCGUGCUGAAAAAGUGGAAGGAGAAGGACAACAGGCAUGUUGAGUGGGUCAAGGCCUUUUUGAGCAUACUGCGCGAGAUGGCUGCCUAUGUCAAGCAGUUCCAUACCAAGGGCUUGGUGUGGAACCCCAAGGGCGAGGAUUCUGCCCAGGCGCUGCAUGCUAUCAAGGGUGGGGCUCCAGCAGCUUCCUCGGCGGCACCCCCUGCUUUCUCUGGGGGAGCUCCGCCACCGGCCCCUCCACCGCCGCCUCCUGGCGCCAUUGAAGUUGCCGGCAGCUCGUUGGCUGCUCCUGUUACUCGCGGCGCUCUUUUUGCCGACAUCAACAAGGGCGGCGCCAUCACCGGUGGCCUGCGCAAGGUGGAAAAGAGCGAAAUGACGCACAAGAACCCAGCCUUGCGUGUUGGUGGCACCGUGCAGGACAAGGCGGAAUCGAGCUCUGCGUCCAAACAGGCCCAGCCCCAAGCGGUGGCACAGCGGCUGCCGCGGAUGCAGCUUCAGGGCUCCAAGUGGAUUGUCGAGAACUACGGCACUGAGCACCUGGUCAUCGAGGCAACCGAGACCAAGCAAACCGUGUAUAUGUUCAACUGCAAUGGCACAACCUUGGAAGUCAAGAACAAGCUCAACAGCAUUGCCAUCGACGGGUGCCAAAAGUGCGGUAUUGUUUUUGACACCCUUGUCGCGCAAUGCGAGAUCGUCAACUGCAAAUCCGUGCAGGUGCAGGUGAGGGAUAUGGUCGCUUCGAUUCAGAUUGACCGCACGGACGGUGCGCAUGUGUUUUUGUCCGAGAGUGCCCGCGAUAACACACAGAUUACCACAGCAAAGGCAUCCGAGGUCAAUAUCUCAUUCCCCUAUGAGACCAGCAAUGUCGAGGACGACAAUUUUGUUGAGCAGCCUAUUCCCGAACAGCUGCAGACUGUCGUCAAGGACGGGAAGCUGGUGACAACCAUCCUCGAGCACACCGGAUAGAAAUAUGUGUGACCCUGUAGGAUGCACUUUUAUAUGAUUUCAAUAUAACGUUUUAAUGUUUAAAAAACUUUUGAA